AUGGAGCAGUCUACUUUCAUCCUGAGAAUGGCUGGGCUGCUAAUGGUCCUGAUGCAUGGCACAGAUGCUAAAAUGGAAAUCAUUAGCAGUAAGUCUGAUCUGUUGGUGGGCGAGGACCACUUUAUGGUGUGCAAAGCUGGUGGAGAGGGGGACAUAACAUGGCAGAAGGAUGAGGAGGACAUCAGUAAUGAUGAUGAAGAAAAGGUGAUCAAGAUUGAUGAGACUGCCUCUAAAUUACUCAUUACGAAGGUCAAAAUGGAGGACGCAGGCAGGUAUACCUGUCUGUGUGAGUUCAGCGAUCAUCACACGGAUCAACUUUACAUUGAAAUACAUGUUUAUGAGGGUCCAUCAUUUGUCAGUAACCAAAGACACCACGAGCACCUGGAGGGCAAAGAGGCAGUAAUACCAUGCGUCGCUACUGGCAAGCCAGCGGUGGAGAUUCACUGGUUUAGAAACCAUAAACAGAUCCCAAAAGGAAUGCAUGUGCAUCAGCUGAAGGAUAACUCCCUCCAUAUUGCUGAAGUGAGGAGAGAGGAUGCAGGGACAUAUAUGUGUCGGGCCACAAUCAGUGGAAGGCCUGUCUAUAAGGAGCUCCCUGUCUCCGUGGUGGUCAGUGCUCCACCCAAAGUGCAUCUGAGGGAGGAGGAGAAAAAAGUGAUUGCCGGAGCAGAAACCAACAUUUCCUUGCUGUGUUUGGUGGAUGGCCUGCCUAAACCUGACAUCUCCUGGACCAUGCCUUUGAACUUUGACCCCCUCCGCCAUCACUUCAACUCGGACCGCAGCGAGCUGACCAUAAGGUCAGUCACCAUGGCUGACCAUGGGCAAUACAUCUGCACAGCCAAGAACAAGAUAGCCGAGAGCAGUGCCACCAUAAAGCUUCAUGUCUCUGAGGCCCCAGAGGUGUAUUUGAGUGUGGAGCAGCAGAGUGUGUCUGUAGGAGAGAACGUGUCUGUGUACUGUAACACCACAGGACACCCGCAGCCUCAGCAAUUCUGGAUCAACAAGCGCAAUGGACAAAGUCUUGUGCAGGACUCCACAUCCGGCCGCGUGCGUGUAGUAGAUGGUGUGUUGAAGAUUGAUAAAGUAGCGCCCUCUGAUGGCGGUCUAUAUUCUUGCAUGGCCGUCAACCCCUCUGGCAAUGCGUCAAGAGACAUGGCUAUACACACUCAGCCCGCCCUGCCCCAGAGUGUAUCAAUCACUCCCGGACCAACAUCAGUGAUAUUUUCCCUUAAAAAACUGCCCGUUGAUGGUGGAACGCCAAUCACAAGCUUUGCCCUGCAGUGGAGGCGGGGCCGAGCAGGAAACUGGCAGGAAACCAUUGUACCGGCCUCAGCCCCCUUGGCUAUCACAUCACUCGAGCCUUACACAUCCUACACAGUCCGCCUGGCUGCCUUCAAUGCUGUGGGGAGAGGAGAGUUCUCAGAGUCACACACUCUCCGCACACAGGGCAUACGAGGUGAGCCAGACAGUCCUGUGCUGUCAUCCAAUCAAAUCAGAGUAAACGGGACCUCUUUCUCUGUCCCUCUUAAACAGCUUGAUGAUGGCGGGACUCCUUUACUACAUUUCAGCAUACGAUACAAAGAGGAUAAAGAGGAGGCUGACUGGGAAGAGAAACAGUUUCCAUCCAACACCACCUCUCUCUUCCUCCCAGGGCUGUUGUUCAGCUCAGACUAUCAUCUGGAGGUCGUAGCGGUCAAUGCUAACGGCUCCUCGAGCCCUGCUAAGUUAAACUUUACCAUCCCAGCACAGCCUGUGGCAAAACCUGGCAUGACCAAAGGAGGUGUGGUCGGCAUUGUUAUGCUGAUAUUCCUCGUGUUGUUGUUGGUGGUGGACGCCAUCUGCUGCUACACAAACCGCUGUGGCCUGAUCAUGUUCGUUGCUGUGAAACUAUUUGGACAGAAAAUCCCAGGCCUAAAGACAUUCGAGGAGGGGGAAGGCACCACUAAUGGAGAGCUGAAGUUGAAUGGUCUAGAUACUCCAAGAGGCAGUUUACAUCAACUACAACAACAGGCGGUUGUUCAGGCACAGGCAAACAAGGGGGGGCAACACACAGAGGUCACCUGCGACAAAGCCCCCCUCACCAAAUACGAGUAGGUCCACUAA